AUGGAGGUGGAGGAGGAGGGAAGACGCUAUCCAUACAAUCGUGGGGAAGCGUGUGUUCCCGAGAGCUUCUUUGAUCGCGUAACGCAAGGGUUACGCGGUGAUCUCGAACAUGAGCGGGACAGACGUCUCCAACUGGCGGACGCUGUCUCGAAGCAUCGAGCUGAGUUUGCCUUUGCUCAGCUUGAGAACGAGAGAGCUCUGACGUCUCUGCGUGACGAGCUAAGGGUAGAUCGUGGGAUUGUUGAUCGGUCUCGGGAUGAGAUAACUGCUCUUCAGACCCUUGUCGAUGCCCACUAUCGGGAGAACAAGGCUCUCUGCGAGAUGCUUGAGCGCAAGGCGUUCUUCAUCGGAAGAAGCAGCGUACUGAUGGCGGUGCAAUACACGAAAUGGGCCGAUGUACUUGGGUAG